AUGACUGCUCCAGAAGAAUACUUGGAGAAAUUGAAACCGUUUCAAGUCGGCGUACCUUCACGCGAUCCUGAGUCGAAUAAAGAGCGUUACUUAUUGAAGGAUGCUAACAAUAAAAAAUUUGAUCUAGAAGGCACAACCAAGAGAUUUGAGCACUUAUUAUCUUUAAGUGGUUUGUUCAAACAUUUUAUUGAGAGUAAGGCUGCUAAGGAUCCUAAGUUCAGGCAAGUUUUGGAUGUCCUAGAGGAAAAUAAAGCAAAUGGUAAGGGCAAAGGCAAACAUCAAGAUGUUCGCAGAAGGAAAACCGAGCACGAAGAAGAUGCAGAACUACUAAAAGAGGAAGACUCAGAUGAUGAUGAAAAUAUCGAAUUCCAAUUCAGAGAUUCUCCCGGCUACGUGAAUGGCCAAUUGAGACCUUAUCAAGUCCAAGGUGUCAACUGGUUGGUAUCUUUACAUAAAAACAAAAUAGCAGGUAUUCUCGCUGAUGAAAUGGGACUAGGUAAGACCCUGCAAACCAUUUCGUUUAUAGGUUACCUUAGGUACAUUGAGAAAGUGCCUGGUCCGUUUUUGGUUAUCGCCCCUAAAUCUACAUUAAAUAAUUGGUUGAGAGAAAUCAAUAGAUGGACUCCUGAUGUUAACGCGUUCAUUCUACAGGGUGAUAAAGAAGAAAGAUCUAGUCUAAUCCAGAAGAAACUUUUAACUUGUGAUUUCGAUGUUGUUGUUGCUUCUUAUGAAAUUAUUAUUAGAGAAAAAUCGCCUCUCAAAAAGAUUGACUGGGAAUAUAUCAUCAUUGAUGAAGCUCAUAGAAUCAAAAAUGAAGAGUCGAUGCUUUCUCAAGUUUUGAGAGAAUUCACUUCACGGAAUAGGUUGUUGAUCACUGGUACGCCUUUGCAAAACAACUUGCAUGAACUGUGGGCACUGCUAAACUUUCUGUUACCAGACAUCUUUUCAGAUUCACAGGAUUUUGAUGAUUGGUUUUCCUCUGAAAGUGCUGAGGAUGAUCAAGAUAAAAUUGUCAGGCAAUUACACACUGUUUUACAGCCAUUUCUGCUGCGUCGUAUUAAAAGCGACGUUGAAACAUCUCUUCUACCUAAGAAGGAAUUGAAUUUAUAUGUUGGUAUGUCUAAUAUGCAAAAGAAGUGGUACAAAAAAAUCUUGGAAAAGGAUUUAGAUGCGGUCAAUGGGUCUAACGGUAGUAAAGAAUCUAAAACAAGACUGUUGAAUAUCAUGAUGCAACUGAGAAAAUGUUGUAACCAUCCGUAUUUGUUUGAUGGGGCUGAACCAGGGCCACCAUAUACCACAGAUGAACACUUGGUAUACAACGCUGCUAAACUUGAAGUCUUAGAUAAACUGUUGAAGAAAUUGAAGGAGGAAGGUUCCAGAGUUUUGAUCUUCAGUCAAAUGUCAAGGGUAUUAGAUAUCCUCGAAGAUUACUGUUAUUUCAGAGAUUACGAUUACUGCAGAAUUGAUGGUUCUACUGCUCAUGAAGAUAGAAUUCAAGCCAUUGAUGAUUACAAUGCGCCAGACUCCAAUAAAUUUGUUUUUCUGUUGACAACUCGUGCAGGUGGGUUAGGUAUUAAUUUGACAUCAGCUGAUAUUGUUGUCCUGUACGAUUCUGAUUGGAAUCCACAAGCAGAUUUGCAAGCAAUGGAUAGAGCACAUCGUAUUGGUCAAAAGAAACAAGUCAAAGUUUUCCGUUUGGUGACAGAUAAUUCUGUGGAAGAGAAGAUCUUAGAAAGAGCUACCCAAAAACUGAGAUUAGAUCAACUUGUUAUCCAACAAAACAGGACUUCUUCAAAAAAGAAGGAGAAUAAAGCUGAUUCCAAGGAUGCUUUAUUGUCCAUGAUUCAACACGGUGCUGCUGAUGUGUUCAAAAGUGGUACCUCUACUGGCUCUGCUGGAACGCCGGAACCAGGUUCAGAGGGAAAAGGGGAUGACAUUGAUUUGGACGAGCUUCUAUCGAAAUCUGAAAACAAAACAAAGUCAUUAAACGCCAAAUAUGAAACUUUAGGCCUUGAUGAUUUGCAAAAAUUCAAUCAAGAUUCGGCCUACGAAUGGAAUGGUCAAGAUUUUAAGAAGAAGACUCAAAAGGACAUCAUUAGUCCUGUUUUGCUCAACCCCACCAAGCGUGAACGUAAGGAAAAUUAUUCAAUUGAUAACUAUUACAAAGACGUUCUGAAUACCGGAAGGUCAUCAACGCCAUCGCAUCCAAGAAUGCCCAAGCCACAUGUCUUCCAUUCUCACCAGUUACAACCCCCACAAUUGAAAGUUUUGUACGAAAAGGAAAGAAUGUGGACAGCGAAGAAAACUGGUUAUGUACCGACGAUGGAUGAUGUAAAGGUUGCAUAUGGCGAUAUUUCCAAUGAAGAUGAAAAGAAGCAAAAAUUGGAAUUGCUAAAACUAUCUGUGAAUAAUGCUCAGCCGUUAACUGAAGAAGAAGAAAAAACGAAAGCUGACUGGGAAUCUGAAGGAUUCACUAAUUGGAAUAAACUUGAGUUUAGAAAAUUCAUCACAGUAUCUGGUAAAUACGGUAGGAACUCGAUCCAAGCCAUUGCAAGGGAAUUGGCUCCCGGAAAAACAUUAGAGGAAGUGCGUGCUUAUGCUAAAGCAUUCUGGUCUAAUAUAGAGAGGAUAGAAGACUAUGAGAAAUACCUGAAAAUUAUUGAGAAUGAAGAAGAAAAGAUCAAGCGUGUUAAAAUGCAACAAGAGGCCUUGCGCCGAAAACUUUCUGAGUAUAAGAACCCAUUUUUUGAUUUGAAGUUGAAACAUCCUCCUUCCUCUAACAAUAAAAGGACGUAUUCCGAAGAAGAGGACCGUUUUAUUCUUCUAAUGUUAUUCAAAUACGGUUUGGAUAGAGACGAUGUGUAUGAAUUAGUGCGUGACGAAAUCAGAGAUUGUCCUCUUUUUGAAUUAGACUUUUACUUCAGAAGUAGGACACCCGUAGAAUUGGCCAGAAGAGGAAAUACAUUGCUACAAUGUUUGGAAAAGGAAUUCAACGCAGGAAUUGUACUCGAUGAUGCUACUAAGGAUAGAAUGAAGAAGGAAGAUGAAAAUGGGAAGAGAGUAAGGGAGGAGUUUGCAAAUGAGGUCGCCGAUAAAAAGGACGUUGAUGUGGCGGAAAGCAAGAAAGCCAAGGUUGAAGAAACAUCGAAUCUUGAAACCGAGCAAUUUGCAGUAAAGGCUAUUGCAGAAAACGAAACUGCUCGUUAA